AUGAUAAAAAGAGAAAUUCUCGAGGAAAUAAAGCAGGUCUCUGCAAAGAUUUUCCAGACGAAUUAUAAAUCUAAUAACUCUCGGACAGGACAUAAAUUUCUUCAAAGAAAAUUACAAGGUCCUCGUCUGGCAAGUUACUAUCCUUCGAAGGUUCCCGUUUCGAAAAUGAGAGAGAUCAUUGGGUUGCCUAUACCAAACAGUCAACAUACCUUGAGAAUGGAGAUACUUGAAGAAAAAGUACGUAAAGGAAAAGGACCCGUUAAGCGUGGAAGCAAAUAG